GGGAGCGGUUGUGAGCGAGGGAGUGAGUGAGGGAGUGUGUAGGGGAGGAGGCGCGGCGCUGUUUUGUCUCCUCCUCUCCCUGUGGAGCUGCUCCUGCUGCCGGGGAGGCCCCGGCCGGCUCCCCUCGGACUCUUGGCCCUCGGCGACGGCGGCGGCUGCCCCUCGGCCCGGCGGGGAGGGAGCAAGGCGCGGCGGCCCUCGGCGGGGACUCGACUCGCAGACUCCUUGGUUAACCAUCUUCAGAAGAGUGGAUUUCUGAUGUACCAAACUCCAUGUCUCUCAUUGAAAGUAAAAUUUGAUAUCACAGAUAAACAGCAUUGACAACUAUCCAUGAAACUUUGUAUAUCUUAAUAUCAGCCCUCGAAGCUUCCCCAGGGAACGCAUAAUGACAUCUGCAGUGGUUGACAAUGGGGGUUCUGUUUUGGAGCUUUCCAGCAAUGGAAUAGAAAAUCAAGAGGAAGGUGAACAAGUUUCCAAAUAUCCAGCAGUGAUUGUGGAGCCAGUUCCAAGUGCCAGAUUAGACCAGGGCUAUGCAGCCCAGGUUCUAGUCUAUGAUGAUGAGACUUACAUGAUCCAAGAUGUGGCAGAAGAGCAAGAAGUUGAAACUGAGACUGUGGAAUCAGUUGAAGCAUCAGUUCACAGUAGCAAUGUACACUGCACGGAUAAGACAAUUGAAGCUGCUGAAGCCUUGCUUCAUAUGGAGUCUCCAACCUGCUUGAGGGAUGCAACAAGUCCUGUGGAAGUCUUUGUUCCUCCUUGUGUAUCUACUCCAGAGUUUAUCCAUGCUGCUAUGAGACCAGAUGUUAUCACAGAGACGGUAGUCGAAGUGUCAACGGAGGAGUCCGAACCUAUGGAUACCUCCCCUGUUCCAACCUCACCAGAUAUCCAUGAGCCAAUGAAAAAGAAGAAAGUUGGCCGUAAACCGAAGACCCAACAACCAGCUAUUUCCAAUGGAUCACCCGAGUUAGGCAUCAAGAAAAAACCCAGAGAAGGCAAAGGUAACACAACAUAUUUGUGGGAGUUCCUUUUAGAUCUCCUUCAGGACAAAAAUACCUGUCCUCGAUAUAUUAAGUGGACGCAGAGAGAAAAGGGCAUAUUCAAGCUUGUGGAUUCCAAGGCUGUUUCGAAGCUCUGGGGAAAGCACAAGAACAAACCGGACAUGAACUAUGAAACUAUGGGAAGGGCCUUGAGAUACUACUACCAAAGGGGGAUUCUUGCAAAGGUAGAAGGGCAAAGGCUUGUGUAUCAAUUCAAGGAGAUGCCAAAAAAUAUAGUUGUCAUAGAUGAUGACAAAAGUGACGCUUGUAAUGAAGACUUAACAGCAACUACUGAUGAAAAAUCAUUGGAACGUGUUUCGUUAACUGCCGAAAACCUCCUGAAAGCAGCGGCUUCUGUACGUGGAAAGAACUCAUCUCCUUUAAACUGUACCAGAGCUGAGAAAGCUGUGGCCAGAGUUGUGAACAUCACCUCCCCUGGGCAUGAGGCUUCCUCAAGAUCUCCUUCCACCACCACUUCUGUUUCAGCAACUACUGCCCCGAGGACAGUCCGUGUGGCAAUGCAAGUGCCUGUUGUCAUGACCUCUUUGGGACAGAAAAUUUCAACAGUGGCAGUUCAGUCAGUCAAUGCAGGCUCAUCAUUAAUAACCAGCACCAGCCCCACAACAGCAACCACUCCAAAGGUGGUCAUUCAGACAAUCCCUACAGUGAUGCCAGCAUCUACUGAAAAUGGAGACAAAAUCACAAUGCAGCCUGCCAAAAUCAUCACCAUCCCAGCUACACAACUUGCACAAUGUCAGCUGCAGACAAAGUCAAGUCUGACUGGAUCAGGAAGCAUUAACAUAGUUGGGACCCCAUUGGCCGUAAGAGCACUCACCCCAGUGUCCAUAGCCCAUGGCACACCUGUAAUGAGACUCUCAGUGCCUGCACAGCAGGCGUCUGGCCACACUUCCCCCCGAGUCAUUAGUGCGGUGAUAAAAGGGCCAGAGGUUAAGUCAGAUGCAGUGGUUGUAAAGCAGGAGCCUGAAGUGAAGACUUUGCAGCUGGUACAGGAAGAGAAGCCAGCAGAUGGAAGCAAGGCUGUGACCCAUGUGGUGGUGGUCAGUGCUCCCUCCACCAUUGCUCUCCCACUAACAGUGAGACCAGAAGGCACGGUGACGUGUGAGAAGUGAGGCAGUUCCUGACUGCCUGGCUGAUGAAACACAGAUGGGAUGGGACAUCAUCAAGAACAUUUAUGGAGACUUUACAACUUUUUUAAUGCAAUCAGAGACUUACUGGAAAUAAAUUACCUUUAUCCCAUGUUUAAGUGGGACAUGAACUACACAUUGAGAUGCUGACAGAAAACUGCCUCUUACAAUAACAUAAAUAUGAAAAAGGACUGAAAAAGGGACCAAGCAGUUCACUACAUUAUCAAGUUACACUAAGACUUGGAACACUAAAAGAAUUCUGUAAGAGGUGAUCUUUUAGGUUAGGGGAGGGGGGAUAGGGAAAGAUGGUCUCAUUGUUACAAAUAGCAAAUUUUGAUGCAUUUUUUUAUGCAUACCAGCAAUUAUUACUGUGUAAACACAGUACUCACUUAACUGGUGCUAUGUGAAGACUCUGCUAAUAUAGGUAUUUUAGAAUGUGAAUUGAAGAAUGGAUCCAAAAGCUUCUGAAAGAGAACAACGGAGAAAAAGAGAGACCUAGUGAAAUUUUUGUAUCAUAUAGCUUAAGCUGAUUUAAAACAAAAGCCUUAGACUGAUUUUCAGUUUUUCCUUUCUUGAAAUAAGCUAAUGGCUUGUUUGUGUAAAGCUUUUUUUAUUAAAAGAAAAAUUUUAAAAAUCUUGUACCUAGCACAGUAUUGUUAUAGACUUUCCAUGUAACAUAUUUUGUAUGGUAGUUUUAAGUCUGUUGCUUUCUUAAUUGUGGACAUAGUAGCAGCUGGCUUUGGCCUUGCUGACCCAUGCCUGUGCCGCUCACGCAGCCUUGGUGUCUGUGCAGACAUUUCAGUCUCAGCUCCACUCUUUCACUAGGAAGUUCACGCUCAGCAUGAAUUUUUGUCAGGUAGUUUUAAACCUGUACUUCUUUCUUCUUUUCUUUUCUUUUUUUUAGUUAAACUUAAAGGAGGGAAAGUACCAGUGUUCAAAAUUGAACUAUAAUAGUUUGUAUAUUCAACAUUUGAAGUAUAUUAUAUUUUGUUGUACUCUUGUUUCAAAGUGUAUUCACGUAGGUUUUACUGAAAUAUAGAAAUGAAAUUUAUUUUGUGCUUUGUUUGGUCUCUGGCGAUAUUUUCGAUGUUUGGAGGUAACGGAAACAAAGUAAUCAUGGUUACUGUGGCAUCUGUCCUAUGAUGUAUGUUGUUUAAAAACUUUGAUUAGCAAGUAAUAGAAGCUGGUUUAAGAAGAAGUCCUUGGUCUUACCUAGAGAUUUUGCCUCCAUCUCUCUUAGUUAUGAAUUCAGUGGUAUCACCUAUGCCUUGGCCAUUCCAUGGCUUUAUGAUCUUAAUGUUAAUGAAGUUUGAAUUCCAGUGUUUUAAAAAUGACAACACAUCAUAUUAAAGGUGGGAUUAGGUUUUUUAAAAACCAGAAAACGUGACUGGUCCUGAAUCUAUUUAAAAGUGGUUAGAUAUGCUGAUACAGAAAUGUUUUUAAUCUUUUCCUAAUUAUGCAUUUGCUCGAAAACUACUUCAUACUGUUGGAAUGAUUUCAACUGAAAAUCUACCUGUCUUUACAAUUUGUUGUCGUUUUAAGCAAGGAUAGCAGUGAUGUGACUAUCCAAAGACACAGAGACUCCUGGUUCUGUUUUAUCCAUUCUGGGAGUUAAAAGAGGGAAGGAAGAAUUCACAGGUUUAAUAAGCUGUUGAUAGCACUAUUUCUUUGUAUAAAUAUCUUACACAUGUGUGGUGCUUUACAGUGUAUGGCAUGGUUUUUACAUACAUUAUCUCAUUUGAUCUCCAUGAUAACCAAGUGAGGUAGACAGGAUAGGUGAUCUAUAGUUAGGCUUUGAAAGUUUAACACAGCAACACAAUUUGAGUUUCUGAUUUCUAUUCCAGUGUUUUUAAAAACGACUAAUAUUAGAAAAUCAUAACCUCACCAUUAAGAUGCCAUUUUGGCAUAGGAAGUAAAAAAAUGAAGUGCUAAGCCUUCGAUGAAACUGAAAUCCAGAUGCCCACAUUGUCUUGCCUGUUCUUGUUGUGGGUUAAGUUUGGAUGAUCACUUUGCAAAAUGGGAUUUCAACUUGGAAAAAUAGAUUUUACAUAGAGAAUGUAUCUACCUAGAGAAAAGAGAAUUACACAGAUGUAAGAUUCAUAGGGUUGCUGAAGGCAGAGGUGAAGAAGCUCGGGGGCACUGGUAUUCCUCUAGUUAGUUACUACCAUUGGCCGUUUUCUUUUCCUGUCUUCAACAUUGUCUCCAGUAGUUUACUGACUAUAGAGACAUAAAACAAGAUUGGCACACCUAAGGGAGGCUGGCCAUCCAGGCCAACAUCAAUCUUUGGUGAGAUGUCGGUUACUUAUUUCUAACAAUAUCAUUUAGAACACAGUUUAACAGAAUCCACUGUCAUACUCUCAGUACAAACUGCAUUUUACAAAUAGGAAUUUUUAGCACUUAGAAGGGUAAAUGUUAGGAUUAGGCAAGAUUCUGUCUGGAACCAAUUAAAGGAUAGAACUGAAAUAAGGAUAUUUGCAUAUAGCAGAAAUAAAAUAUCCUAACGUGAAUAAAAUCUUCGAUUAUCAACAUAUCAGUAUUCCAGUGCUUACAGUGCCCACCACAGUGCAUAUAAGUACCUUACAAUAUCUGUCGGGAGAUGUGAUGAACAACUGACGUGGUGUGAGAUGGAUUAUAAAUGCCAUAGACGUCUGGAGACGGACAACUGUGAAGUCUGGGGCUCAAGCCUAUGAAAGUAGGAUUUGCCUAGGUAAGAAGGGAGAUGAGGGUCAGUUAAGUUUAAAAAGAAACAUUACCAAGUACCUAUUGUGUAUAUAAACUGCUGCUCUGUUGGUACUUAGUAAGAUAACACUUUAAGGUACACGGAUUAGUAAAGUAAUGGGAUAUGACAUGUGACAUUCUGUAAAAUAAGGUCUAAGAAAUGAAUAAGCAGAAUGCCAUGUUAAAUCAAAAAGGGGAAAGGCCGUUAACUGAUUUCUCAAGGCAGGGUCCUUAGAGACAGACAGAAAUUCCUUUGUAGGGAGAGGCAGCAGGGGUAUACUCUAGGCAUCGGGAACAUCUUGAGCUAAGGCACAGAGGAAGAAGGGAAAAGAAUACCCCACAAAGGGCAGUUAACAGAAAAGAUGGAAUCACAGAGGCAGGAAUUAGCAUAAUGUGUUCAAAGCGCCAGGAGACACUUAGCUUCACUCAGGAGAGUGAAUACGUGGGGGAGUAGGAAAUACACUUUAGGAUGGUUAGGGUGAGCCCAAAUUGGUAAAUGCUGAUAAGUAGUGCCAAAAAAAAUUGGAAAUAGGCCUAGAAUCAAAAUCACUUAGAAGCUGUGUGACUUUAGGCGAAGUGUAGCCUCCCUGAAUCUGUUUUCUCAUAAAGUGGUUGUAGAUCAAAUGUGACUCUAUAUUAAAGGAAUUUUCUAACUAUAAA